CUGGUGAGGUCAGAUGCUUUCUGUUUUGUCCCAGUGCCUUUCCUUAGUGGGAUGUUUUUAUGAUACCUCAGUGCUUCGGGUGGCUUUGUAAAAGGCAGGUAAGAAAUUGAUGCAGCUGAUCAGUGUGUGGAAGGGGAAUCAGAAGGAGGAAGAUGCGUGGGAACAGGAACCUGAGCACUCUGGAUGGCAGGGCAUCCAGAUGCACUUUGAACCCAGCAGAGUGACACAGUGAGCCGCCUGGCUCUGUUCCCAGCUGCAGGAACGGGGCAGGCUUUGGGGUCUUGCUGUGUGUGUGGCAGGAUGAGUUGUCUGCUCAGGACAGCCAGGCUCUCUGCUCGGUGGCUUUUUGCAUCUGCUGCUGCUCCAUGCCGCCGUGCCUCGCGGUUCAACGUGCCUCCCAGUGCUGAGUUCGUGGCCCGGCCCGUAGGGGUCUGCUCCAUGCUGAGGCUUCCUGUUCAGACCUCAGCAGAGGGGCUGAAUGCAGCUUUUGUCGGCGUUCCCCUUGACGCGGGCACAUCCAACCGGCCCGGAGCCAGGUUUGGUCCUCAGCAGAUCCGUGCUGAGUCAGUGAUGGUGAGGAGGUACAACGCCAGCACUGGGGCAGCGCCUUUCGACUCCCUGCUGGUGGCUGAUGUUGGAGAUGUGAACGUCAACCUCUACAACCUGCCCAACAGCUGCCGCCGCAUCUACGAGUCCUACCAAAAGAUCGUGGCCUCUGGCUGUGUGCCUCUCACUCUGGGUGGAGACCACACUGUAACAUACCCCAUCCUGCAGGCAGUGGCAGAAAAGCAUGGACCUGUGGGGCUGGUGCACGUGGAUGCUCACACUGACACCAGUGACAUGGCCCUGGGGGAGAAGAUCUACCAUGGGACCCCGUUCCGGCGCUGCGUGGAUGAAGGGCUGCUGGACUGCAGCCGUGUGGUUCAGAUUGGCAUCCGUGGCUCCUCCUAUGCCCCCGAUCCGUACAAGUACUGCUGGGACCAGGGAUUCCGGGUGGUUCCAGCUGAGGAGUGCUGGAUGAAGUCCCUGGUUCCACUGAUGGGAGAGGUGAGGCAGCAGAUGGGGGAUGGCCCGGUGUACAUCAGCUUUGAUAUCGACGGGCUGGACCCUGCCUAUGCCCCGGGAACAGGGACACCAGAGAUUGCUGGGCUCACACCUAUGCAGGCUUUGGAGAUUAUUCGUGGUUGUAAAGGACUCAAUAUAGUGGGAUGUGACCUUGUGGAGGUGGCACCCAUAUAUGAUGUCUCUGGUGAGUUGAUGGAAAUCUGUGGGGCUGCAGGGCUGAAAGGGCACAUGCACUGAAGUCUUCAGUUUUUG